UAAGUCCAAUAGCUUUUUGAAGUAAUUUUAGUUUGAAACCGGGGGUGGGCCGCAAAAUGCGAAAUUUUGUGUAUCUGUUAUUUGUAGCGCUGGUUUUGGCUGAAAAUGAAGAUGGUUUAUUCGAGCUAAAUAUAGUGCAUUACAAUGAUUUUCAUGCUCACUUCGAUGAAGUGAGUCCUACUGGCGCCAUUUGCAAUCCCGGCGAAGCAUGCAUCGGGGGCUUCGCGCGGCUGUACACGGCCGUCAAUGAAGCUCUAGAGGCGGAGCCCGACUCGGUGCUCCUGAACGGCGGAGACACCUUCCAGGGGACCAUCUGGUAUAACUUCCUCAGGUGGAACGUUACGCAGCAUUUCAUGAAUUUGAUGCCGCAUGAUGCUCAUGUACUAGGCAACCACGAAUUCGACCACGGCAUCCAAGGUCUACUCCCGUACCUCGAAACUCUGAACUCCACAAUGCUGGGCGCCAACGUAAACACCACCUUCGAACCUGACAUGACACCAUACAUUAAGAACCACGUGGUGGUGACACGCCGUGGACGUAGAAUCGGUAUUAUCGGAGUGCUGCUUAGAGUCUUCUCCGCGCCCAUCGGUCGUGUGAUCAUGGAGGAUGAAGUGGAGGCCAUCAAUCGGGAAGCGGCCAUCCUCACCGAACAGGGCGUCGACAUCAUCAUAGUGCUGUCACACGUCGGAUAUAAUACUGAACUGAGUAUAGCUGAGCGCGUUUCCUCUACCGUUGAUAUAAUCGUAGGCGCACAUUCCCAUACUCUGCUUUACACCGGGGAACCACCCAGCGGCGACACAGCCAUCGGGGAAUACCCUACGGUGGUAACACAAGCAAACGGGCACAGGAUUCCAGUGGUGCAAGCAUCAUGUUACACACGAUACCUGGGGAUCAUUAAACUAUUCAUCGACGCUGAUGGAAUCGUCCAGCGCUGGGAAGGCCAGCCGGUCUUCUUGGGAACUUCCAUUGUACAAGACCCAUUCAUUUUGGAAGAACUGGAGCCUUGGCGGGAGCGGGUAGACUCUGAAGGCAAAGAGGUGCUAGGAACAACUCUCGCACGACUUGCCAGAGGAUGUUACAGCGCCGAGUGCGUGCUGGGCAGCUGGGCUUGUGACGGGUUUUUAGAAGAGAUGAUGAGCCGCGCGGAAGGGUCGAGGUGGAACGAUAUACACGUGUGCAUGAUUAACGCGGGCGGCUUGCGAAAUCAGAUCGAGCCAGGCAACGUGACAACUGAGGGGCUACUGAUGGCAAUGCCGUUUGAGAACUUCAUCCAGGUGUACGAUCUGAAGGGAGAGUAUCUUCUGGAAGCGCUGGAAUUCUCGGUAGGCGUUGCGCAGACGCCUGGAAGCUUCUACAGCGGCCGUAUGCUGCAGAUUGGAGGAAUGCGAGUGGUAUACAACGCUUCCCUGCCGGUGGGGUCUCGCGUGACGUCACUGGGCAUUCGCUGCAUAGACUGCGACGUGCCGCGGUACUUGCCAAUAGACACUAGCGCCACUUACCGCGUCGUCACGCAAAACUACAUCGGCGAUGGAGGUGGAGGAUAUACGAUGUUAUCAGAAAACCGUGAGAACAUGCUCAAUCUUGAAGUCGACUACGUGUACCUACAGCAGUACAUGCGACGACAGCGCACAGUUAUUAAAGAUCUAGACGGACGCAUACAAAUCGUCUUUUGAUCAAAAUACUAAUGGAUUUUAGCAAAAAAAAAACAAGAAUCGCCGUUUUCGUCGGUACGCCA